AUGAACAAAUUCAUAGUGCUUCUGGUUCUUUGCCUCGUCGCUCUUGUUUCCGUUCAAGCUCAACGCCGUGAGAAGGUCGAACGAGUUCCAAUGUCCUUCCGUGGAGACGUGUGCGACAAGGUCUGCAGCAAACGUGAUGGCUGGGAGCGAUGCGAAAAGGAAAAGAAACGCGGUGACUGGGAGGUGACAUGCACUGAUACCGGCUCAGGACGAGGAGGAAAAGGAGGAAAACGUGGCGGCCGUGAUUGA